AUGACGGACACCGCGGACUGGCGAAUGCUCGCCAGCCAGAGCGAGGCGGCGCGCAACAACGCCUUGGACGGCGUGGACGGCGUGCCCGCUAUUCACCGCUCUCUCCCGCAGGUUGUGGAGCAGACGGCGCGGGUGUACCGGGAGAAGCGGUCGCACGCUCCCAAAAUCGAUGACGACGCGCUGAGCAAGGCCACCCGGCUGCUCGCGGCGGAGGGCGUCGACUUGAGCAGCUUGCACCGCCGGGCCACCGCGGAGCUCGACCUCCACGCGCCCAUGGACGAGGACCCCUUCCCUGUCACGCGCACACUCGAAGACUUCAUCCGCCAGAACCAGGAAACAGCCAGGCGGUCGACGCUCCGGGAGGCGCGGCGCAACGCGGCGCGCGGCUUCGAGAACUUCAUGGACGACUGCCUCUCCCAGGAGGCGCGCCGCUCCGAGCUGUCCACGAUGUCCUCGCUCGCCCCCCUCUCUCGCCUACAUGGCGUAGCCCCGCCGGGGGCCUCUCCCGCGCCCGGCCGCGGCGGCGCGACCCCGUACCGCGCCGGCUAUACCCCUGCGUCGUUCCACGCCACCCCGGGCGCCCUGAGCCUCUCGGCGCGGACGCCGAUGGCGGCAGCACUGCCUGCGAGCAGCGUCGAGGGGGGCGCGGCGGCGAACCUGCUGCGCGCGACGGCGCAGCUGAACUCCGACGUCGGGCUCGAGCCCGGCAAGGCGACGCAGACGAUGUGCGGCGCGAGGCUGCGCGAGGAGCCGCCGAAGGCCGUGAGAAGGUGCUGGGACGCGUUGCGGGGAAUCGUGGGUGGCCUGGGGACGCGGGCGGUCGACGAGGACCGGGCGAUGGCGCUCGUGCGCGGCGCGAGGCGGCUCCUCGAGCGGCAGUACCUCGACCACGUGGACAGCAAGCUGCGGAACCAGCUCGAGACGGCGCAGGUCGGCAGCUCCAGGCACUACGGCAAGCUGGCAGAGCUCGACAGCUACAUGCAUCUCCGGUACCCGCGCGACAACGCGGACCCGAGCCCGGACGCCAAGUGGCACCUGCUCUUCCUCUGUCUGCGCUGCGGCCUCGCGGACGAGGCCCGGCGCGUCAAGGACGAGAUCCAGAGCCCUGAGCUGACGCACUUUGACGAGUGGCUGCGGCGCGGGUGCGUGGAGCAGUCCGAGGCGGAGCGGCUCGCGGAGACGUGCCAGCGCGUCGUGUCGAGCAGCCUGCAGGACCAGCGGAACAACGUGUGGCGGCUGCUCGUGCUGACGGUGAUGUCGGGCAUGCGCGACGCGCACAAGCGCUUCCUGGACCACUACGCGGACACCAUGUUCUCGACGAUCGAGGACUUCCUGUGGUUCAAGCUCGCGAUGUGCCGCGCGCUGGACCCCGCGCCCGGCGACUGGCCGUCCCCCGGCGGCGGGCACGUGUCGACGGGGUCGCCCACGCUCGCCGCGGGGUCGGGGGGCGCCGGGCGGCGGCCGCAGUACACCGUGCGGGACAUGCAGGCCGACAUCAACCGGUGGCCCGAGGAGCAUUAUACCCGGAAGGGGAGAGACCCCCUCCUGUAUGUGUGGGUUCUACUCCUGACGAUGCAGCCGCACGCGGCGCUCGACUACCUCAAGUCGGACUCCGGCGCCGCGCGCUCGCACUCGGAGGCCGAGCUCGACGCCGUGCACAUGGCGUACGCGCUGCACGUGGACGGCGCGCUGGCGGCGCUGCCGCCCGUGGCCAACGUCAACGCGGCCGCGGGCGCGCUGACGCUUCGGCCGUGGGAGCUGGUGUGGGAGCUCGCGCAGGACUACGCGCGCCGGAUCGGGGACGCGGAGGCCGAGGCCGUCGCGCGGCACGGCCUCGAGACGGACAACGGUCCGGGCCCGCUCGGGGAGGGCGAGCGCGGGAGCUUCGCGGCGGCCGCUGCGCUCGAGUACGCGGUGGCUGCGUCGAAGAUGGCCGGGACCGACUGCGAGAGCCUCGGCGCGCUCCUGCAGCGCCUCGUGACCGUCAACGCGCGCUUCGGGGCCACGCUCGGGCUGGCAAAGCCCACGGACGCGUCGCGGCUGGUGCACCUCGAGAACGGCGUUGACGGGGCGCUCAAGCGGCUGCGCGACGUGGCGGAGCGGUGCGAGAAGCAGGCGCAGCACGACGCGGCCGUCGGCCUGUACCUCGCGGCCCGGGAGCCGCGCCCGGCGCUCAAGCUCCUGUCCAUGAAAAUCAGCAACCUCGUCGCGUCGCGGCAGAGCGACCAGAGCACGCUGACGAGCACGGCGGAGUUCAACGACCUCUGCGCGCGCGGCGAGGAGGCGAUGACGCAGCUCCGCGAGCUCCACCGCGCGCCGCCGAGCGAGGCGGAGUGCUUCGCCGCGCUGUUCAACACCGCCCACGUGCUCUGCAACGCGGCGGCCGCGCGGCUGGGCGGCGCGGGGGCGCGCGCGAAGUGGCAGGCGGCGAACGACCGGCUGCGCGAGAUGGCGCGGUUCGUCCCGACGCCGCACGGGUCGGACGCGCAGGUCGAGGAGUGCCGCCGCGCGGUGGCGUCGCACCAGCACCUGCGCGCGCACAUCAAGGACGUCCUGGUCGCGGCGGGCGAGGCGACGUACGAGCUCGCGCGGGACGACCGCGGCCGGGCCAUCCAGCCCGCAGACGAGCUGACGCACAGGCGGCUCGAGCUGCUGCAGCGGCUGGCGUCGGAGCUGAGAGAGAAGGAGGCGAACAGGAGACUGCAGGACCUGAAGUCGAGGCUGUCGCGGCUGACGGGGACGCGCGCCGGGUGGUAG